AUGGGAAUAUUACUGAAAGAAAAACAGCAACUUCAAAGUACUGAUAUACUUCUUUCGCAACUUAAAGGUGCUAUUUUUGUUUUGACUUUCAUUUUGAGCAUAUUUGCAUACUUUAAGUUAUCUAGACAAGCUGACUUGGGGAUACCUGAAGAAAGUAGACAACUCAGUGGUUCAUUUAAACUUACAAGAAUAUACAGACAUGGUAUUGGAAUGUACCAUGAUAAACACCAAAUAUUGGAGAUAGAUGAUACAAAUAUGGAAAGUUUGAGAGCAAACUACCAGAGCGAGUUAUACAUAAUGAACACAAAUGAGCAUGAUGAAGGUAUGGAUCAACUUUGGACUAGUAAUCCAAUGUAUACAACUGAUAAUCCAUUCAACUACGAGUUUAAAUUAGGAGCCAAGAAUAAGAAUUUACUAAGACUAGUAAAUCGGGAUCCAGAAUUUAUCGAAGCAUACCUAGACUCCUAUGGAAGUUCCAAUGUCUUUGAAAAUAAAGUUUUGGAGUGGAAAGAGGGAGGAGAAGACGUACUUGUCCCUGAUGUGACAGAUAUGAAUACUGUUAUUUCAUUAGCUCUAAUGUCGUCUAAUGCAUAUGUAAAGUUGCCACAGACUGGCGAUUGGAGAAACGUCACGGAACCAUGGAAAGAAAGUAGAUCUGAUGGUUAUGGAUGGGAUAGUGAUGGAUUAAGAGGUCAUAUUUUCUACAAUGAGGUAAACGAUAUAGUUGUUUUAUCAGUCAAAGGAACCAGUGCUCAGGGUAUACCAGGUGCAGGAGAUGACGAGACUACAACUAACGAUAAACUUAAUGACAACUUACUAUUCUCUUGCUGUUGCGCAAGAGUUAGUUACCUGUGGACCACCGUCUGUGACUGUUAUACAAAGUCGUAUACUUGCGAUGAAUCGUGUCUUGAACAGUCCAUGAAGAGAAAGGACGGCUAUUACCAAGCUGUAAUGGAAAUAUAUAAGGAUAUCUUAGAAGCAUAUCCAACUGCAUCGGUUUGGUUAACUGGUCAUUCUCUAGGAGGUGCAUUGUCUGCUUUAUUGGCAAGAACCUAUGGGCUACCGGCCAUCACCUUUGAAGCUCCAGGUGAAGCUCUUGCUGCCAAGAGACUCCACUUACCAUACCCACCAGGUUUGCCAGAGUAUGAGGAACACAUAUGGCAUAUCGGCCACACAGCCGACCCGAUAUUCAUGGGUACCUGUAAUGGGGCAUCUUCCAGUUGCUCAAUAGCGGGGUACGCGAUGGAAACUCAAUGCCAUUCAGGCUACGAGUGUGUGUAUGACGUUGUCAAAGACAAAGGCUGGCACGUAAACAUACUAAAUCAUCGAAUUCACACCUUGAUAGACAAAAUUUUAAACGAAUAUGACGAAGUAGCCCAAUGUGUUAGACCUGAAGAGUGUAUUGACUGUUACAACUGGAACUUUAUACCGAACCAAGACGAAACAAGCUCUGCCAUAACAACUACUAGCAAUAAGAAGACCAAGACAAAUACCAGAAGUAAGACUGCCACGAAGACGACAUCUACAACCAACACUAAAACCACGACGGCCGUCAGAUGCAUAGGCAGGAACUGGGUAGGUAUCUGCACAGAUUACGGUCCCGCUCCAACUUAA